AUGGACAUUUCGAACCCCCGGCGAAUUCUAGCCGUCUCCCGGGCAGACUCGGAGCUCCAUCUCAGCAGGUUCGUAAAAGAUCUUACGGGCAACGCGCCCGAGGCGGCAGAAACGUUGGCAGGUACCACUCAUGACCUCGACCUCAAGACAGCAUAUUACACAGCAACAGUUCCAAUCUGGCUCGAUCUCGUAUCAGAGCCAUCAGAAUGGUCGGGGUCCUUUCUCUCCCCAGAGGCCAAGGAAGUCCUCGACGUUCUUGGCGGCAUUGUCGUCAUCUUCCCGCUUCCCACCAAGCCUGACGGGGACGAAGCGCGCGCAGCUAGGGACCUGAUUGAGCACGUUGGUAAAGUUGUCAAGGAAGGGCUCGGCGGCUGGCAGUGGGAAGGCGUCGGACUAUGUCUGGGCUUUGGCGAACUCGAUAACGUCGAUGAGUGGGAUGAGUGCGCGGCAGAGAAUGGCCUGGAAUUCGUGCAGGUUCGCGCGGAAAUGAGCGAGGCAAGAAAUGAGUAUGGAGAAAAGACCGGUAUUCCACGCGUCAGGGAAGCUUUGGAAGCAAAUGAUUGGGCACAUGUUGACGGUGAUCUGGGAUCCGACUUUGAAGAUUUCGAAGCAGCACUUGAUGGCGGCGACGAUGAGGCAACCGACCCAGCACUUACUUCUUUUGGAGACAAGGGUCCCGACCUGGACCCCGAAAGCCUAGACUUUGGGUUUGACAAGGCAGAUUUCGAGGGUUUGAAGCGCGCUAUUUGGAGCGCUGGACAGGAGUCUGGGGAGGAUUUCAUGAAUGGCGAGCCGGCCCAGCGGACAGUACAAACGACAGGAGACAGCGAAGGUGUCACAUUAGAUGAUAAUGAGGUUCAGAAACUCGAGGGUAUGAUGCGCAAACUGCAAGCUGUCAGGGACAUGAGUGCAGGCUUGCCGGAGGAUCAGAGGAAGCGGAUGGCGGCGAAAGCUGUUGGAGAGGUCAUGAAGGAUCUUUGA